CCCCUCAGGCCUUCAUACCAUAUCAGACUCUUUACACACAUUCUCCGAGAGCUACGGAUGAAUCAGGCACAGCCCACAGUUGCUUAUCAGACGAGGGUCUCCCAUCACUCUUUUUGCUCUGCGGGGAAUCCACAAAGCCCGGUGAUAUCCGCUAGAUAAUUCGGCACACCGAAAAUACCCAUAAACCCCCUUCAUAACCUUAUCAGAAUGCAUCUCAGCAACUCACGUGAGAACAUGUUUUGUUCUAUCGCGCAUUAACCCUCGGGAAACCUUUGCGAGAUGCACCUGGUUUGUGGGGCCGUAGCUGCCCAUUUAAUACAAUAACGAUUGAUGCCUUCUUUAAUCUCAAAGACAAGACAUUAACUCUCUGUAUCCAAUCGAAUCUGUCCCAUUUGGAGCUCAAACUACCUCCGACAUUGCCUUCAAUUCAACGUGCAAUCGGCUGCAUCUGCCAUGAGGACAACAACCUUGAACACUCGAGAGCUCCAGAGAGCGGCCGGCUAUGUUUCUCGAAUGCAGUGCCGGCAUCAAUCGUCCCAGAGUGAUGCCUUGCGCGGAAUAGCAGCCAAACCCAUCAGCUCGCAGCAAAAGGAUGUUGCGCCUCUUUCAUUAUUGCCUACCGGCACAUUGCUUCGCUCUCUUUUAUUCAGCGAGGUCAUGUCAUCGUGGCUUCUGACUCCCUCUCUCGGAAUAAUGCGUGUUUUGACCCACUCUAAAUCGCGACUUCUGGACCCAGAAAAGAAUCGUUUGAUGGACAAGCUUUUGCGCAUGACCAUCUACAAUCACUUCUGCGCUGGUUCAAAUGCCCGGGAAAUUCAGCACCGCAUCGCCGAGAUCAAAAAUAUGGGCUUCAAGGGAGUCAUCCUCGGUUAUGCCAAGGAUGUCGUCGUGGACCCAACGGAUUCAGCUGAGGAAGCGACCUUAGAAGCCAUAAUAGCAACCCAUGGCAAGGUCGUAGAGCAGUGGAAGCAGGGCAAUCUGCUAACCUUGAGUAUGAUUGAACCAGGAGACUACCUUGCCGUAAAGUUCACUGGCGCUGGCCCCGCAGCCGUGGAAGCUUUGAGCAAAGGUCAAGACAUGCCAAAGUCCAUCGCAGACGCCAUGGAUGAGGUCUGUGCAGAAGCUGCUCGCCGCAAUAUUCGUCUCUGGAUCGACGCAGAGCAGCAGGUAUUCCAGGAUGCAAUCGAUGACUGGACCAUCGCGCUGAUGCGCAAAUACAAUCGCGACGGGAACGCCAUCGUUUACAACACCAUCCAGGCAUACCUUAAGAACGCACCAGAAAACGUCAACAGACAUCUUCUUAUGGCAGAAAAGGAAGGCUGGGCUUUCGGCCUUAAACUCGUUCGUGGUGCUUACAUUGCGCAAGAAGUUCGCUCGUCCAUUCACGACACCAAAGAAGAAACGGACGCGUGUUAUGAUUUCAUUGUCGACAGUCUUUUGAAACGACAAUUUACUGGGAAGACGAAAGGAUCGAGCUUUCCGCCGACGCAGCUUUUCCUGGCAUCACAUAACGCAGAAAGUGUCCGGAAAGGAUUUUCCCUUCACCAAUCUCGAACACUUGCCGGAGAACCCACUAUUCCAGUUGAGUUCGGCCAGCUACAGGGCAUGGCAGAUGAAAUCAGCUGUGAGCUUGUCUCGCAGUGUCGCAAACUUGAUUAUUCCAGCAACGGCCAGCAGGGCUCCCUCCCAGGCGCCUUCAAGUGUUUGGCUUGGGGUACAACUGCUGAAUGCUUGGCCUUCCUUUUCCGACGAGCAACCGAAAACAAGACUGCUACUGCAAGAACAAAGAGCAUGGCCCUUGCCCUGCGCAAGGAAUUAUGGCGCCGAAUCUUUAGGAGCGCUCAAGCAUGAAUACUGGAUUAGUAUCUUUUUGUGUCCAUUUCAUGAAUCAUUUCGGAGUUUUUUGUGUUCGUUUCCGAUUCUUUUUGGUUUAUACCAAAUCCUUACCUUGAUCUUCCUUUUCCCUCUCUAUUGCAGCAUCCUUGCAUUUGGACAAGUGUAUCAGCGCGUAUAUAAAUGCACCCAUGUCACCAACGU